AUGAUUGGGGUUCUACUGCCGUAUAUACGAAAGUUUCAGUGAGUUUUGGGGUAUGAGGAGAUUAGGACAGAAGAUUGGAAAAACCUAAAAACUUCUGGGCUUUAUGCCAAUAAAUUAAUCAUGAGGAGAAAGUAGUGAUUCAAAAAUAUGAUCUCAAAAUAUUCCAGACGAUCUGCUGAAUCAAAUGAUCUCAUCGACCGUAUUAAUUAUCAAUACACAUCCACAAUUCUUGGUUUUUCCGCUGUUAUGAUGGCUGCAUCUCAAUACAUUGGAAAACCAAUUCAAUGUUGGGUUCCAGCUCAAUUCACAAGAAUGUGGGAAAAAUAUGCAGAAACUUAUUGUUUUAUUAAAGGAACUUACUUUUUGCCAAAUGAUACUCUUGCAAAUGAUUAUUAUUUUGACAAAGACGCCACGGUAUUUUGUUUUUCACUUUUGAAUCAAUGUUAGUUGGAAAUAAGUUUCCGUUUUUUCAGAGAGUUGGAUAUUAUCAAUGGAUACCUAUGGUUUUAUUCUUCCAAGCUUUCUUGUUUUUCUUGCCUUCGAUUAUCUGGAAAAUGUUCAACGAGAGUUGUGGUAAGUUCUAGAACCUUUUCUUUUUAUUCUUUAGUCUUCAAACCAAAUUGUUUUUCAGAACUCAAAAUCAAAGAACUUGCCGCCGUAUCUGAACAAUCAAGAAAAGUCAAAUCAACACUCAGCGACGACAAAACAAAAUCCACACGUUUUGCAAAAUAUUUCUUUAACAAACUUGUCUUCCGUAACGAAUCUGAAGUUUUCAAAAAAUCUUCCUCGAUUUUGACAUCCGGCAAAUUUUUGCCACUUCUUUUCAUCGGAACCAAAGUUCUCUAUGCGAUCAAUAUCCUUGUUCAAUUCUUUAUUUUGACAUAUUUCUUGGAAACCAAAAAUAUGUGGUGGGGAUAUGAAACUUUCUUGGUGAGAUUUAUAAUAACUUUGUUCUUAUAUGAGAAUUAUUAAAAUAUUUCAGGAUCUUUUGAAUGGCCGUGAAUGGGAAUCGACUGGAUUGUUCCCAAGAGUUACGAUGUGUGAUUUUGCUGUUAUGCAACUUGACGCAAUUCAUAAUCACACUAUUCAAUGUGUUAUUGUUUUCAAUAUGCUUGCUGAAAAAGUCUACAUUUUCUUCUGGUUAGUUAGUUGUGGGAACAAGUUCUGAAGUAACACUCUGAUAUUAAAAUUUGGCACUAAAAAUCAUUAAUAAACCUUCUAGUCUAAAUUUUGAAAAACAGUGACUUCGAAUUGAAGAUCAAAGAAUCGAAGAUAAGUUCUAUUUUUUACUGGAAUUCUCUCUGGUGAACAAUUUUGAUGAAAAUACUAUUUUUCAGGUUCUGGUUGGUUGUUGUUGGUGCAAUGACAUUCAUCUCAUUAUUCUACUGGGUAUUCACAUUCUUCCUCUCAUCAGUUGGACGUAACUUUGUCUUUGCCUAUCUCUCUGGAACUGAAACUUAUGAAGAUGAACAAGAAAAGGGUUCAGGAUUGGCUGAUAGAUUUGUUGAUCGAUUCUUGACUUCUGAUGGCGUUUUCAUUUCAAGACUUGUGCAAGUAAGGCAUUUUUAUCACUUACCCUGAUAUUUAUUUCAAAUUUCAUUCCAAACAAAGUAUAAUUUUAAGCAAAACUCUGGAGAUCUUUUUGUCGCCAAUAUGAUUGAAGAAAUGUUCGCACUCUACAAACAACGAGAAGAAGAAAAGGCAUCGAAGAAAAAUGAUGAUCUUCCACAAUCAAAAAAAUUAGAAGACGAACUUCCAUCCCCACAACGAGCUGUUAGUGAAAAUUUGACAUCUGAAGAUGAGGAUGAAAUUGAUAGUCCUGAUACAACUGCCACACUUCCAAGAUAA